AUGGCUACAUCGCCUGUUCCUUUCACCACUCGAGUACUUGGGUCGCGAGAGCCUCGCGCGGGAAAUCAGUCAACAUACUUCACGACUUUGCUUCCAGCAACACAUCGCACGAAGGAUGACCAUAUCAUCGUUCCUAAGCCCGACCCAGAAUUUUUCGAACGAGAACUUCUCGUUACAAGGUUGAACAAUGUCCAAGAUUGGCUUUGGAUCUGCGGUCGACCGAUGCCACCUCGCCCAUUACGGUAUGCCACCAAAAAGGAGCUCUUCUUUUAUCUCUUCUUCACCCCACAGACUUCCGUGGACGCCACUAUAGGAGGCGCUCAGUGGGGUAACGCGAAACUGAGACUUGCGCCCAAAAAUCACCAGGUUCUCAUCUCAAGAGACAUCUUCAUCACCGAAGAUCCAGAACUCCAUCUUGUCUGGUCGAAGAAUCGCAUAUACCUAAAACCUAUUCCGUUAUACCUCUUCGAACCGGAUUUCUGGAAGGUUUAUAUCCAAGAUGACGAACUAGUGAAAUGCGCCCGAGGUUUCCUCUUCUCGUACACGGCGCUCAUCGCGUACGAGAGCGACUUCAAGCUUGCGAAGGAUAAGAGACUGCUGCCCGAGGAAAUCGAGUGGGCGCAAUGGAAAGUUAUCGCGAAGGAGAUCCUGGGGAAUCACCACUACCAAUUCGUCAACCCCAGGUACUGGUACGGAGAGCUCCGCCUAAGCCGACUGAAUAAGGUAUACCGGUUUCGACUAGGAUUCCUCUUGCGCGGUUACUCCAAGGUCGCAUCCCACGCGGUCUACGCUGAUCUAAUACGCGACAACUUCGCCGCCCUAGCAACGAUACUAGGUUACGUGGUCAUCGUGCUGACGGCGAUGCAGGUCGGUCUCGGCGUAGACAGACUCCAGACCGACGAGGCGUUCCAAAACGCAAGCUACGGGUUCACGGUGUUUUCCAUCAUAGCGCCGCUAGUAGCAAGCAUGGGCAUCGUGUUAGUAGUUGUGGUCACGCUCGUCAGCAAUUGGAUCGCCACGAAGAGUUACGAGCAGAAAAGGUUCCGUGUUAUGAACGUGGAACCAAUCUGGAAAGUAACGGAGCCGAAGGCGACAUUCUCAUCUGUCAAGAGCAAUCGAACGAAUCCGAGCGACGAAAAUGUCUGAGAUGGUAAAUUAAUGUCACGUAUUAGUUCUUAAAUCAGGGGUGUGGCUACAUGUUUCUCGUCGCUAGUUCGGAUAUCAACUACACCAACACCAUUUACUUAGAAGUUCGUCUCACGAUCAUUCACUGCGGCCGAGCGCCAGAAGAUUAAAGAUGAGAUUGAGAGUGAUGAGAAGACCUAGACUGCUUGCGAAUAUAAAGCUAAGUCAAGCCUUACUCAAAAUGAGAUUACCCAGGGCGUCGGCAUCAUUAUAAUAUAUUACUAGACAGCAGCCCUUGCUUUCUCGCAAAGCCCAUAGCGCACCAACAUCGGCGACGUCUGCCCAUUUCAGUCAGAUCAUGGUUCGUGAAACCCGACAUUGAAGAAUCACAAAUGAAAUCUACUAGGAUUUGUAUGAUACCUUUUCAAUACUCCAUGCACGUUAGACCUCUCACCUAGGUGAGAUAGCAGGGAGUGAAUCCUUAGACAGCUAGAUUCACGUUAACAUUCUUAGUAUAAAUAUUAGAUAGAAUAUCCAUCUAUUUUCUGCCUACUC